AUGAAGGACACUUUGACACUGUCACAGAACGACAGGAGGACAGACAGACAGAGGGACAGACAGACAGAGGGACAGACAGACAGAGGGACAGACAGAACGACAGAAGGACAGACAGGGCAGAGGGACAGAGAGAAAGACAGAGGGACAGACAGACAGAAGGACGGACAGACAGAAGGACAGACAGACAGACAGAAGGACAGAGAGAAAGACAGAGGGACGGACAGACAGAAGGACAGACAGACAGAGGGACAGAAGGACAGAGGGACAGAGCUGUGGACUUAA